AUGCAAUGGGGCUACGAGCUAUCAAUUUACAAGCACGAGGUGCUUGCAGAUGAAGCAACCGCCAUUCGUUACGGUGUUAUCGAUUGUCGCGCGCUUGUGGAUGUGCGCUUUGCAUAUAUCAACUCGCCUGAAAAUGCUGUCGAGCUCAUUCUUGGAUCGGAGACCAGUGUGAUUAUCAUCCCUCGCACGGACCAAGAAGCCGUCAUGUGGCGCAACUCGUUGCUUGGUAUAAAACGUGCCUAUGGUCAGCUUGAAUCUGGUAAAAAUAAGGAGGACACGUUUGGCACAGGCGUAUUCAUCAGCCGUGGUAUCACAUUCUCGACGAACAAGGAUAACGAAGAGCUGCUGCGUCUGCAGAUUGAAUGUGCCGUUAUGUACUCAUCGAAUCUUCAAGAUUGGGACGGCCGGAAGUGGAUUCCAAAGUAUUUUGUAUUAACGAGCUCGCGUGUACUCAUGAUGUCUCUAGCGCUACAUUUGUACGAUGAGGAGCCCGACAUUCUCGGCUCGUUCGCCAUAAAGGAUAUUGUGGAGGUUCGUGCGUGUAACGAAAAGGAAGAAGCGGAGACUGGUAAUUGCAAGUCCGCUUGUGUUAUAACGUUGCGGCCACAACUCAACGCGACAAAAGACGUGAUACAAACCGUUUCUGAUCGUAUGAUCGUUAAAUGUGAUUCUAUCGAUCAUUGUUUGGAGUGGAUGCGCUUGUUAUGCAGCAGCAAUGGCAAGCUUGAGCUCAAGAAGAAUGCUGCCACGGGUUACUGGGGCAGUGUGAAUCGCAUCGCAUCGCUUUCUCGGCACCAAAGUUUUCUUGCCACUGCGCCUUUGUCUGCGGCCAUUGCCGCCGCCAACUCGAGCGAGCGCACGCGUAGAAUGACACGCCAGGAUGCUGCGCGAAAGCGGACAUCGGAGCUUAUCAUGAACCGCAAGAGCAUGAUGGGACAUCCUUAG